UAUUGUCCGCCAUCAUUUCAUUGGACUAGUAAUGCCUUCAAUGUGUGGCAAACUUUUUUAUAUCUGUUAGAACUCAGUAGUAUAAAAUUUUAUUGAAAGGAAAUAAUUAAGUUGUUUCAUCAUAAUUUCAUAAAGUGAACGUUUUUUCACAAAAAAAUCGACCGGUGAUUGAAGAAAAGAAAGACUUUUAUGUACGUGUAAUAAAUUUAUUAUAAGUAUCAGCUCAAAGGCUACUCAGGCGUUAUGUCGUAUCCACCUCGCUCAUCUGCAAUACCGCCUUACAUCAAUCCAUCAGUACCACCACCACAUAUGAUGCCUCCGGCACCCUCGGUGAGGAAUUAUAGAGGCACUGCAACCAUCAGUUCCCAACCUACCGUCUACCAACGUAUCCCAGAUCCGGUUCCUCAGUUUCGUGGUCCUAUUAUUACUGUUUUUGUUGGAAACAUAAGUGAACGGGUGCCUGAAGCUUUAAUUAAGAGAAUUCUGUCAGCAUGCGGCAUGGUUGUUAAUUGGAAACGUGUUUCGACCUUUGGUUUUUGCGAAUAUGAUGGGCCUAGCGCUGGUAUGCGAGCUGUUCGUUUAUUAAGUGAACUUGACAUUGAUGGUAAAAAGCUGGUAGCCAAAGUAGAUGCAAAAAAUAAACUUCUUCUGGAUAACUAUAAGGAAGAAGAGUUAAAAAACGGUCUUAAUAUCUCUGCCAUCGAUGAGAAAACUGAAGAUGAUAGCGUUCUUAAUCAAAUGAGAAAAAUUCUUGAUGAACACAAACAUGAAUUUGAAGAGUUCGAUUCUAAAUCUCGUGGUGAUGUGUUCGGGAACAGAAUUAAUAAAAAUAAAGCUAAUCGUCCAGAAGAUAAAAUGACAAAAGUUCUCAAUGAAACCAAUCUUGAAGAGGAAAAAAGAAACUUAAUUAGUAGUGAAAUUGGAAAGUUUAGAAAAAGGGCAGAAGCGGAUGAACACAGAAAAGAAAAGGAAAAAGAAAAAGAAAGAAUGCGAGAAAAGGAAAAGGACAAGGAAAAAGAAUAUGAAAAACCUGAGCGAAAGUCCCAUGAUGUUAUGAAAGAUGAUAUAAGUGAAGAAGAUUGGGAUGUUGAAGAACAAAAGGAGCAUUCAACAGAUGUAAACGAACGAUCAAUGAGUAGAAAAGAACUACAUUCUAAUAGCCUCUCUCCAAACAAAAAGGAAAAAGAACGCGAGAGUAGAAGAAGGAGAAGUAAGUCCCGUUCUAGAGAAAGGGAACGUGAAUAUAGAGAGAGGGAAAGAGAACGAGAACGUGAACGCGAGCGAGAACGCGAGAGGGAACGUGAAAAAGAUCGCGAACGGGAAAGAGAAAGAGAGAAAGAACGUGAAAGAGAACGUGAGCGAGAAAGGGAACGUGAAAGGGAACGUGAAGAAAAGCUCGUAAAAAAUAUUAAAGACCUUCACCGAGAAAAAGAAGUUGAAGAAGAACUUCGGGAACGCAAAAAAGCAGAAAAGAAAGCUCGAGAAAAGGAGGAGGCCUACCAAGAAAGACUAAAAAACUGGGAAUUGAGAGAAAAACGCAAGGCAAAGGAAUAUGAGAAAUUACGUAUUAAGGACAAAAUGAAACUUGAAGAACGAGAAAAGGAAGCCAAGAGACUUAAAGAGUUCGUUGAAGACUAUGAUGAUGAUCGUGAUGACCAUAAAUAUUAUAAAGGUCGAGAGCUUCAAAGAAGAUUAGGAGAUCGGGUCCGUGAAGCGGAUCUUGAUGCAAAAGACCGUAGCAAAGAACAGGAGGAAUUAGAAGAAUUGCGAAAUAAAAUAUUCAGUGGCGAAUAUGAAAAUCCUACGCAAGAGUAUGAGCGAGCAAAAAAAGAACAUGAAAAAUUGUAUAAACCUCAUAUAUUAAUAGAUGUAAACUUGGAAAACUUAAAACGCAAAGAACGUGAAAAAGAGCGCAUCCGAGAAAAGUUGCUAACACUUGAAACAAAACGUCUUUUGCUGGAUGUUAAUUCAAAUGAUGAGAGCGAAUUAAAUGCUCUAACAAAGUCGUAUUCGAUAGAAUCAAUUUCAAACGAUGAUGCCAAUUCUAGGCCCGAUUCCGCAUCUAAUGUGGAAGUGCAAUUCAGUCGACAUGGUUCCGAAUCACGUGAUUUUGUGCCUAUUGUAAAUCCACAAAUAUCCAGUUCUAUACCGUCCGCUACAUUAAACAGGACUCAAAGUACGGACCCUGCCACACCAACCGCUCUAGCACCCGUCAUAAGUUUGAAUUUAGGGGCGAACGCAAAGAAAAAGAAAAUUGAGUCUACUGGUGUUUUUAACGCUGAUGAAGAUUUAGAUGAUGAAAGUAAUUCAAAGAGACGGAAAUUGGUUCCAUUGGACUACGAUGACAAUCAAUCAAGAGGCGGGGGAAACACAUCACAGAGGGAUCGCCAUAAUUCGAAUACCGGAAAACCUAUUUCGAAAAAUCAUGGUAAGAAUGAUAGUACCAGUACAGAAAUAGUGAAUAACAAAAAGGAGGAAAAUAAUACUAGGAUACAUGAUGAGAAACGACGCCACAUUAAAAGCAUCAUUGACAGGAUUCCAACACAAAAGGAGGAUUUAUUUAAUUAUAAACUCGAUCGCAACGAAAUCGACAAUAAUCUUAUGGAACGAAAAAUUCGACCAUGGAUAAAUAAAAAAAUUAUUGAGUACAUUGGAGAGCCCGAACCGACGCUUGUCGAUUUUAUUUGUUCUAAGGUGCUUGCUGGAAGUUCACCUCAGAGCAUUUUAGAUGAUGUGCAAAUGGUCCUGGACGAAGAAGCAGAAGUAUUCGUUGUUAAAAUGUGGAGAUUGCUUAUUUACGAAGUAGAUGCAAAAAAGAUUGGGAUAGGUAAAUAAUAUGUGAAAUAAAUAACAUUUAUAUAUAAAUAAAGAAAAAUAAAUAACCCACAUCUGCUUA